UUCCAAAACGAAGAAGAAGCCGUUUGUAGUGGCGACAGUGAAUGUUAAAUAUCGAACAUUGAACAGCGUCGGAAAUAGUAGUUGAAUUUGCGAAUCUUCAAAGAAUUUGAAAAAGGCCGAGCAAAAAUGAGCAUAUUUGACGGGGAGGAUAAUCAAUAUGAGAAUGAAAAUGCACAAGAAAUUUCAUCCAAAUUAUGGCAAGAAGCUUGUUGGAUUCUUAUCAAUGCAUACUUUGAUGAAAAAGGACUUGUACGACAGCAAUUGGAUAGUUUUGAUGAAUUCAUUGAAAUGUCUGUUCAACGUAUAGUUGAAGAUUCUCCGCAAAUUGACUUACAAGCAGAAGCGCAACAUACCACAGGCGAAAUAGAAAAUCCUGUGAGACAUCUAUUGAAAUUUGAGCAGAUUUAUUUAUCUAAACCGACUCAUUGGGAAAAGGAUGGCGCACCAUCCCCUAUGAUGCCUAAUGAAGCCAGAUUGAGAAAUUUGACAUAUUCUGCUCCACUAUACGUCGAUAUCACCAAGACGAUAGUAAAAGAUGGUAAAGAUGGAGAAGAUCGCGUUGAAACGCAACAUCAGAAAACAUUUAUUGGCAAAAUACCAAUUAUGUUGAGGUCAAAAUAUUGCUUGCUUGCUGGCUUAUCUGAUCGUGAUUUAACAGAAUUAAAUGAGUGCCCGUUAGAUCCUGGCGGAUAUUUCAUUAUAAAUGGAUCUGAAAAGGUUCUUAUAGCACAAGAGAAAAUGGCAACAAAUACUGUUUAUGUGUUCAGCAUGAAAGAUGGUAAAUAUGCAUAUAAGGCAGAAAUCAGAUCCUGUUUGGAACAUAGCUCUCGUCCUACUUCAACCUUAUGGAUUAAUAUGAUGGCCAAGAGCGGAGCUAGUAUCAAGAAGUCAGCCAUAGGUCAACGCAUAAUUGCUAUUAUCCCUUACAUCAAACAAGAAAUACCCAUUAUGAUUGUUUUCCGAGCUCUUGGAUUUGUGGCUGAUCGUGACAUUCUUGAACACAUAAUUUACGAUUUCGACGAUCCUGAAAUGAUGGAAAUGGUCAAGCCGUCUUUGGACGAAGCUUUUGUUAUACAAGAACAGAAUGUCGCUCUAAAUUUUAUUGGCACCAGAGGUGCUAAACCAGGCGUGACCAAAGAAAAGCGAAUCAAAUACGCCAGAGAAAUUUUACAAAAAGAAAUGCUGCCGCAUGUUGGCAUAAGCGAUUUUUGCGAGACCAAAAAAGCUUAUUUUCUUGGUUACAUGGUACACAGAUUACUAUCGGCAUCUCUGGGACGAAGAGAAUUGGAUGAUCGGGAUCAUUAUGGUAAUAAGCGACUGGACCUUGCCGGACCUCUGCUAGCGUUCUUGUUUCGCGGCUUGUUCAAAAAUUUAAUGAAAGAGGUACGUUUGUACGCGCAGAAAUUUAUAGAUCGAGGAAAAGACUUUAAUCUCGAGCUAGCUAUCAAAACCAAAAUUAUUACCGAUGGCCUGAGAUAUUCGCUUGCUACGGGCAAUUGGGGCGAUCAGAAGAAAGCACAUCAAGCAAGAGCAGGCGUGUCGCAAGUAUUGAACAGAUUAACUUUUGCGUCAACAUUGUCGCACCUGAGGCGAGUAAAUUCUCCGAUUGGAAGAGACGGUAAACUUGCCAAACCACGACAGUUACACAACACAUUGUGGGGUAUGCUGUGUCCAGCUGAAACUCCUGAGGGUGCUGCUGUGGGAUUGGUAAAAAAUUUAGCUCUGAUGGCUUAUAUAAGCGUUGGAUCGCAGCCAUCACCCAUUCUCGAAUUCUUGGAAGAAUGGUCUAUGGAGAAUCUCGAAGAAAUAGUACCGAGCGCCAUUACAGACGCUACUAAAAUAUUUGUAAAUGGUUGCUGGGUCGGUAUUCAUAGAGAUCCGGAUCAGUUAAUGGCAACUUUGCGCAAAUUGAGAAGGCAGAUGGAUAUCAUUGUGUCAGAAGUAUCGAUGAUUCGCGAUAUCAGAGAUCGCGAAAUAAGAAUAUACACGGACGCUGGUAGAAUCAGCAGACCUUUGCUCAUAGUGGAAGGACAAAAUCUGUUACUUAAAAAGAGACAUAUUGAUAUGCUGAAAGAAAGAGAUUACAACGACGGGUGGCAAGAGUUGGUAGGUAGCGGAGUGGUAGAAUACAUAGAUACACUGGAGGAAGAAACAGUUAUGAUAGCUAUGUCACCGGAAGAUCUUAGACAAGAAAAAGAAUAUGCAUAUUGUACGACUUACACACAUUGCGAAAUUCACCCAGCCAUGAUUUUAGGCGUGUGCGCUUCCAUUAUUCCGUUUCCCGAUCAUAAUCAGAGUCCUAGAAAUACUUAUCAGAGCGCUAUGGGUAAACAAGCCAUGGGUGUAUACAUUACAAAUUUUCACGUGCGCAUGGACACUUUGGCUCACGUACUGUAUUAUCCUCACAAACCGUUAGUCACCACACGGUCCAUGGAAUAUCUUAGAUUCCGUGAAUUACCAGCGGGUAUAAACAGUAUCGUCGCAAUUCUGUGUUAUACGGGAUACAAUCAGGAAGAUAGUGUUAUUUUAAACGCGAGUGCAGUUGAAAGAGGCUUUUUCAGAUCGGUGUUUUACCGGUCUUACAAAGAAGCCGAAUCGAAAAAGAUCGGCGAUCAGGAAGAACAGUUUGAGAAACCUUCACGUUUGACUUGUCAAGGGAUGCGUAACGCGAUAUACGACAAACUGGACGAUGACGGGAUUAUCGCUCCUGGAAUUCGAGUAUCCGGCGACGAUGUGAUCAUAGGAAAAACGAUCACUCUGCCAGAAACGGAUGAUGAGCUGGAUAGUACAACAAAACGUUUUACGAAACGUGACGCAUCGACUUUCUUGCGAAACAGUGAAACUGGUAUAGUUGAUCAAGUGAUGCUGACUUUGAAUAGCGAAGGAUACAAAUUUUGCAAAAUCCGCGUGCGCAGUGUACGCAUUCCACAAAUUGGCGAUAAAUUUGCGUCUCGUCACGGUCAAAAAGGUACAUGCGGAAUUCAGUACAGGCAAGAAGAUAUGCCGUUCACUUGCGAAGGUCUUACACCUGAUAUUAUUAUCAAUCCCCAUGCCAUUCCUUCUCGUAUGACUAUUGGUCACUUGAUCGAGUGUAUACAAGGAAAAGUUUCUGCCAACAAAGGUGAGAUUGGUGACGCCACUCCGUUUAACGAUGCUGUGAAUGUGCAAAAAAUUUCCACGCUCCUACAAGAAUACGGUUAUCAAUUGCGAGGAAACGAAGUGAUGUACAAUGGACAUACAGGACGUAAAAUCAAUGCCCAAGUCUUCUUGGGACCGACGUAUUACCAACGCUUGAAGCACAUGGUAGAUGAUAAGAUCCAUAGUAGGGCGAGAGGACCUGUGCAAAUUUUGGUCAGACAACCUAUGGAAGGUCGAGCUAGAGAUGGCGGACUUCGCUUUGGAGAAAUGGAACGAGACUGUCAAAUUUCUCAUGGCGCGGCGCAAUUUUUGAGAGAACGUUUAUUCGAAGUAUCAGAUCCGUAUCGAAUUCACAUUUGCAACUUCUGUGGUUUAAUUGCCAUAGCUAAUUUACGAAACAACACAUUUGAGUGCAAAGGAUGUAAAAACAAAACUCAAAUUUCACAAAUCAGAUUGCCGUAUGCGGCGAAGUUACUUUUCCAGGAACUAAUGGCAAUGAAUAUUGCACCUAGACUCAUGAUACAUUAAAGUCUUGGUUUUCAUAGAUUUUUAGUAAGAUGUUAAACAGCGAACACGUAUUUAAAUACAAUAAACACAUAUAUUACACAUACAAAUGUAAAUAUAGCUGUAUAAAGUAUAUAUUAUUGAGUAUCUUAAAAUUGACUUGGAUGUGUGUAAAAUGUU